AUGAGCACAGACGCGGAGAUGGAGCAGUAUGGCCCGGCAGCCAUUUGCCUCCGGAAGCCAGAAAAGGAGAGGAUUAAAGCUCAAAACACCCCAUUUGAUGCCAAGAUGGCCUUCAUUGUGACUGAUCCUGAUGAAGUAUAUGUCAAGUGUAAACUUAUCAAGAGGGAGGGUGGUAAAUCCACUGUUGAGACAGAGGGAGGAAAGACAGUCACUGUGAAAGAGGAAGACAUCCACCCCAGGAACCCUCCAAAGUUUGAUAAGAUGGAGGAUAUGGCAAUGAUGACACACCUUAACGAGCCAUCUGUGCUGUUUAACCUCAAAGAGCGUUUUGCAUCAUGGAUGAUCUACACCUACUCUGGGUUGUUCUGCGUCGUCGAAAAUCCCUACAAGUGGCUUCCUGUGUAUGAUGCUACAUGUGUAGCAGCAUACAGAGGAAAGAAGAGGAUUGAGGCUCCACCCCACAUCUUCUCCAUCUCUGACAAUGCCUAUCAGUUCAUGCUCACUGAUCGGGAAAACCAAUCUGUUCUGAUUACGAGAGUAUUUGGAGAAUCUGGUGCAGGAAAGACUGUCAACACCAAACGUGUCAUCCAGUACUUCGCAACAAUUGCAUGA